ACUGGGUAGAGGUAUUUGAUAUGGAAACCGGAACUUGGGACUUGUUGUAUGUGUUUACGCCCAAGAUGCCCCUCAAAAUCCAACAAAGUGUGGUGUUAGACGACAAGAAUGUUUACGUGGUGGAUGAGGAUGGUCAAAUCUUUUCCUUCUCACCAAGUAAUUGUAUGUUUGUGACAAGCGGAAUAAAAGAGUCUAACCCGGAAAGUAGAAACGAUUGGUUUUAGCUGAGGCAUUGUUCUGCCGUGGUGUCGGCGGGAGGAUACUGUGGCGUUUUCCAAAUGAGACUGUUUGGAAGGAAGUGAAGGGUUUGGAAGA